GUUUGAAGGUUAAAGAAGUAAGUUUCUUGUCGGCUGUCCGCUGCAGAGGGUCACCAGGACUGCGUGUUUGUGGUUAAAGCUGGGGAGUGAGCAGCACUGAGAAGCAGACAUGGAUCCCAUGAAGGCGCAGCAGCUGGCAGCGGAGCUGGAGGUGGAGAUGAUGGCCGACAUGUACAACCGAAUGACCAACGCCUGCCAUAGGAAGUGUGUGCCGCCACAUUACAAGGAGGCUGAGUUGACGAAGGGCGAGUCGGUGUGCCUGGACCGCUGCGUGGCCAAAUACCUGGACCUUCACGAGAGACUGGGACGCAAGCUGACGGAGCUCUCUGUCCAGGAUGAGGAAACAAUGAGGAAGGCAUCUGUGGGGAGCGGGUAGAGACGCUGAUGAGAGGAAAGAAGUAGAGCAUUGUGGGGGAUUAAAAGGUUACGGGGUGGGGUGGGCAUAUCAGGUUUCUCUAAGAUGAGACACUUGUGUUUUAAUUAGUGUGGGUCUUUUUGGGGAAAUCAAAAAAGUGUAACUAUAGGGGUCCACUGAGAGAAACUACUUCAUCUACUGCAGUAGAGGAUGAGGAUCUGGUGGGACAACACGGACAUCUUGAAACUGCUCCACCAGACUCUCCUACAUUCAGCUUGGCCUGAUCCUCAAUAAGUUGCAUGAACAUUGACUGGAAAGGAGAAAAGGACAUGUAAUAUUAUUUCUAAGUCAUACUUUGUGCUUGUUUUUAGCUGCUCGGGAGUGCGAGAAGGAUGCUGCUUCUACUGCAGAAACUCAAAUACUUUGUUGAAGCUUUGUGGUACCAACCGUCCGGUACUUGUUGCAGGUUAAAAAACAAACACUAUAAAUGAUUUAGCAUUUAGUCUCUGUUCCCAAAUCGUCCCUUUGAACUCUGUUGAGGGUGAAAGUAAACAUGGGUCACUAGGUCGCAACACAACAUGGUACAUUGUCCACAGUUACAAUGUGUCAGACAAGGUAGUUUCAGUUUUGUACAAAAUCUUGAAAUACAUCAAGUCAAAUACGGAAGGAUCAGGGCAUGCACUGAAUGACUGAUAUGUCUUUUUAUACAAGACACUAUGCAUAAGUUUACUCUUUCAGCCCUGGAUGGUGCUGUGUUGGCUUCGUCUUUAACAACUACUCCGAUUCAGACAGCCAGCCACGCCAUUCUGGCUUAAUGUGGACAUGUGUUGAAGAAGAACUUGUAUGUGUCAUGCUCGUGUAGACUGUUCUGUAUGUGAGUGGACCAUGUUUUUGACUGUGAUACGUUUUUUUUCUUUUUCAUGUUUUCACCACUGUGAAGCUUCUUAUCUACAUAUUGGAGAAGAUGUACAGUGUUUCAUUGUUAUUCAGUACUAAAAUAAAAAAUGUCAUCCUUUUCUUAACACCACGAA